ACCGUAUCUGAAGCACGCGUAGGUUCGAUUCGUCGAGGCCCGCGUUGCCUUGUCUUUUUUUUUUGGGAUUUUCCUCGCGUAUGAGGAUGGACCAUUGUUUCAGGGUAGAGAGCGAACUCCCUCUCAAAUCCGCCAAAGACCAAUGACCACCUACCGCCACAAACGAGUCCUCUCAGUCCAAUCGCACGUCGUCUAUGGCUACGUAGGCAACAAAGCAGCGACGUUUCCUCUGCAAUGCCACGGGUUCGACGUGGACCCAGUGAACGCUGUUCAGUUUUCGAACCAUAGUGGCUACCCAACAAAAGGCGGCGAAAAGCUCACGCCAGCACAACUGGAGGCGCUAUGCGAUGGAUUAGAAGCGAACGGCAUGCUGGGGGAGUACACGCAUGUCUUGACUGGGUAUAUUGGCAACGCGGAGACGUUGAAGAGCCUGGCUAAGCUUGUGAGGAAGAUGCGGGCUGCUAACCCGGAGUUAGUUGUUGUCGUGGACACGGUAAUGGGCGACAACGGGAAGCUCUACGUUCCCGAGGACGUCAUGCCAGUCUAUCGCGACGUGUUAUGCCCCCUAGCCUCAGUCAUUACACCCAACGGCUUUGAAGCAAGCCUCCUCACCGGACAAUCCCUAACCACCCUCCCUCACAUCCGCUCAUCCCUCACUCAGCUGCACGCAAAGAGCAUCCCGACGAUAAUCAUCACAUCCACAACCCUCACAGAUUUUCUGCCCCCCGCCGCAAUAUCCGCCAAUCCGGACGACUGGAUCUACCUCAUCGCCUCUCAACCAACCACCCAAACGUUCUUCAUGAUCCCUAUGCGAAAGCGCCAGGCGCAUUUCACGGGCACCGGCGACCUUUUCGGCGCGUUGUUACUCGCGAAUAUGGAUGUGCCGGUGAAAGACACGAUCACCGCAUCACAGCACCUCAAAGACGCGUGUUUGCGUUCGGUGGCGGUUAUGCAGGCUGUGUUGGAUGAGACGACGGAACGGCAAUGUCAACGGGAGAAGGCGAGAAAUGGGGAUGUGAAUGCGGCUGGCUGGAGCGGGGAUGACGCACAACGCCGCGCGAUGUUUUUGAGAGAUCAUGAAUUGGCGAUCGUGCAGUGUCGUGGACUUUUUACGGGGGAGAGAGUGGUUCAGACAUAUGAGUGGGGGGUAUUGGAUAUUAGUUGGUCCUAGGUUCGUAGAAGUAUUGUAGAUCUCUACCCGAAAGAAAGGACUUUUUUUUCAACCGCUCCAUUUAGUUCGAUAGUAAUCCAUAUACCAA